UUUCACAGAAUGGGAACCUUUGGACAGUAAUAUAGGAGGUAGAUAAUCAAAUAUUAGAAUUUUUUUUAAAAAAAAAAGCCUUUUUAAAAAAAUAUGUCUGUUGCAUUUGCUUCAGCUCGACCGAGGAGCAAAGGGGAGGUGACCCAGCAGACGAUACAAAAGAUGCUGGAUGAAAACCACCAUCUGAUACAGUGCAUUAUGGAUUACCAGAGCAAGGGUAAAACAGCAGAAUGCACUCAAUAUCAACAAAUACUGCACAGAAACCUGGUUUACCUUGCUACAAUAGCAGACUCCAAUCAGAACAUGCAGUCUCUGUUACCUGCACCUCCCACCCAGAAUAUGAACAUGGGCCCUGGAGGCAUCAGUCAGAGUGCAUCGAACCAGUCUCUCCAUUCUCAGAACAACCUGAAUGACAGCAUGGUGACUGGCCUCCCUCCCACCUCUCUCAUGCAAAACCAGAUGAGCAACGGUCCUAAUCAUGUGUCCAUGCAGCAGUCUGGACAGACGUCCCUCCCCACCACUUCCAUGAGCAUGCCAGUCAGCAGCCACGGCUCGGCCACGGGCUACAGCCACUCAGUGGCCUCGUCACAGAGCAUGCAGAUGCAGAGUCAGGGCCAGUCCAUGGGAAACUAUGGCUCCCGGACAAACCUCAACAUGCAGUCCAAUCAAGUCACAAUGAUGCACCAACAAGCCGCAACAUCCCAUUACACUUCAGCACAAGCCGGAAGCCAACACUACCAGGGGCAGCAGCCCAUCGGAAUACUGGGACAGGGUAACCAAGGCAACAACAUGAUGGCCCAGAGGCCCAUGGGAUCCUACCGGCCCUCACAGCAAGGAUCUGCUGCGCAGUACUUAGGGCAGGACGAGUUCUACGGAGAGCAGUAUGGACACAGUCAGAGCUCCAGCGAGCCUAUUAACCAGCAAUAUUACCCCGAUGGCCAUGGAGAAUAUGCCUAUCAGCAGUCUUCAUACCCUGAGCAGAGCUAUGAGCGGACCUUCGAGGAGUCGUCCCAGCACUAUUACGAAGGAGGAAACUCUCAAUACAGCCAACAGCAGGCCUCUUACCAGCAGGGCUCCACCCAGCAGCAGCCAUUCACACAGCAGCAGUACCCCAGCCAGCAGAGCUACGCUGGACAGCAGCAGGGCUACGGCCCAGCUCAAGGAGCGUCUUCACAGUACUCGGGCUACCAGCAGGGACAGGGCCAGCAGUACAGCUCCUACCGGGCUUCCCAAACUGCACCCUCCGCACAGCAACAGAGACCUUACGCAUACGAGCAGGGCCAGUAUGGGAACUACCAGCAGUAGGAAAGUAAAGCACUCCCCACUCCCCUGCCCAGCCUCUGAUGAACAGACCAACAGUUUCCCUUUUCCUCCUUUCCUUGCUUUUGCUUUUUCUUUGAGUAUUCUGUGUUGAUAUGUCAGUUUGUAUAGUAGCCUGAAGCAGAUUCAUGAGCAUUUCUUCCUCAUUUCAUGUUGGAUAUUGCCCGGUCUGUUUCCAUUUAAAACAUGUAAAGGUGAAAACAAGUCCGAAGUCACUAAUAGUCUCACUUCAAUCCUGUGAUGCUGUUUUCAGAAAUUCAGAAGAGAACUAAGCAGAAGUAUCUGCAGCUGUAAACUGGCAGUCCUAAUUUGGAAAGGUGUCCUGGAAUUCAGCUUUAGAAUUUUAAAUAUUUCAACAACAGAACUACUGAAUUAACCUGAAUUGCAUCAAACACCUAUUUAUAGGGAUAUCCCAGGUGAUUGAUAGUUGAUGCAAUCUGGGGUUAUUCCCCAGUACUAUAAAAUGCUCCAAUAAAGUUCAGCUGUGGUUUAUCCUGGUGGGGUAAAGUUGAUCAAACUGAACCAUUAAUCAGUUUCUUCAGCAUCCAUCCUGGCAGUGACUCCUGCAGGGAGAGGUGGGUCUGGGGUUGUCACUCCAUGUUCACUUGUAGCUCAGAGGUUUCGUAGCUCAGCAGCACUUAACACUGUUAGUCAGUGAUAGUGAUAGUCCUGCUAAUUUUGAGCUGGGACAGUGACUUCAAAAUCCUGUGCUCUAAUUGGCAGCAUUCUCCCAAACCAGGAUCCUGUACUUGAUACAACCUAGCACAUGUCAAACCCCCUGGUGUGUACUCAAGAAUCUGCUAUGGAUUGAGCACUAACUGAAAAGGCAGAUAUACUUCCCACUGUGCUCCUUCUUUGAUGUGCAUAGCCAGUGUACAUUUAUUCUGCUAUGAAAGGUUUUAGAGUCCUUUUUUUAACCAUUAGUUCAAUAAUAUAUUUGCUUUAUUUAUUUGAGAAUGUAUAUUUUGGGAUUCUGUAGUUCCACAUAUUUUUAUU